GCGAAUGGGAGCUGGCGGAGAGUGGUCUGCAUAUUUAUUUAUUUCACCAGGAUUUAUGUUCAUCUAUGCAGCAAUUUAUGGAAUAUGCGAAUGACAUUUAGAGCAGCCCCUGAACUGGGUUACGAUGAGCUCAGUAUAUCCUAAUAUGAUUUAAUUUUGUGUUUCACAGACCAGUGUUAUAUUAUUAGGGUAGUAAUCUAAGACUAGAACGUUAUUUACAUCAAGUCCCUUCACAGAAUAAACAUGGAUGAAGAUAACCGAGUGCCUGAAGAUCUCUCACUGGAAGAGAGAGAUGAACUGUCCAACAUUAGACAGAGGAAAAAAGAGUUGCUAGAUGACAUUGAGCGGUUAAAGUUUGAGAUCUCAGAAGUCAUGACAGAGAUUGAACAUUUAACAUGUGUCAGAGAGACCAAAAGCACUCAGAGGAACAAGCAGAUUGCUGUUGGAAGAAAGAAAUUCAAUAUGGAUCCUAAAAAGGGAAUCCAAUUUCUUUUGGAGAAUGAUCUUCUGCAGCACACACCUGAGGACAUCGCACAGUUCCUCUAUAAAGGCGAAGGCUUAAACAAAACUGUUAUAGGAGAUUAUUUAGGGGAACGAGAUGACUUCAACAUUAAGGUUUUGCAGGCAUUUGUGGAGCUUCAUGAGUUUGCUGAUCUCAACCUGGUGCAAGCAUUGAGGCAGUUUUUGUGGAGUUUCAGACUUCCUGGUGAAGCACAGAAAAUUGAUCGAAUGAUGGAGGCCUUUGCUGCUCGAUAUUGCCAGUGUAACCCAGGUGUCUUUCAGUCCACAGACACAUGCUAUGUUCUUUCGUUCUCUGUCAUCAUGCUCAACACCAUCCUGCAUAACCCUAAUAGAUGA